AUGGUUAAAUCUUUGAUUUGCAGCAUUGGAGGUGGUAUUGGCUGUGGUGGUGGUUCUGGCCAUGAAGCAGGCUUUGGUACUGGAGGAGGUGUGGGUGGUGGUGUUGAUGGUGGUGUUCGAGGAGGUGGUGAUGGUGAUGAGGGUGGAGGUGAAAGAGCUAGGGGUGGAUUAGGUGGAGGAUCUAGACAUGGGGGUGGCUUUGGCGUUGGUGGGGGUGGGGGUGUAGGAGGCGAAGCUAAUGGACGCAUAGGUGGCGGAGGAGUAAUUGGAGGCAGGGGUGGAGGAAUAGGUGGGGGUUCAGGUCAUGUUGGCGGGUUUGGAGCCGGUGGAGGUGUAAAAGGAAGUGUAGGUGUAAGUGGUGGUGCUGGAGGAAGAGCAACAUAUGGUAUUGGGGGAGGGCAUGGACUUGGUGGUGGAGGUGGAAUUGGGAAAGUUGGAGGUGGAGGAGGAGGCGUUGAAGGUGGUUCUAGUAAAAGUGGAGACUUUGGAGUUGGUGGCGGGGUUGGAGGUGGUAUUGGCUGUGGUGGUGGUGGUUCUGGCCACGAAGUAGGCUUUGGUGCUGGAGGAGGUGUGGGCAGUGGUGUUGAUGGUGGUGUUGGAGGAGGAGGUGAUGGUGAUAGGGGUGGAGGUGAAAGAGUUAGGGGUGAAUUAGGUGAAGAUCUGGACAUGGGGGUGGCUUUGGCACUGGUAGAGGCGGGGUGGCUUUGGCACUGGUGGGGGUGGGGGUGGAGGUGUAGGAGGCGAAGCUAG